CUCCAUCUCCAUCUUUUUAUUCUUCUUUCUUUUCUUUUACAGGCAACGCUGAGACUCCUCUCCUCUCCUCUCCUCCGAUCAUCUCAUCUAUAAACAUGGCCAAUAGGCACACUAUUGUUCUGAUGCAGACGACUCCAAGUAGGGCAAGUAGAACAUUUAUGGAUUAUGAUUCUAUAAGCCAGGCAAUGGAUGGCAUUUGUGGAUUAUAUGAAAGAAAGCUCAAGGAGAUAAAUCCAACCAUCAGAAACCUCACUUAUGAUAUUGCAGAUCUCUACAAUUUCAUGGAUGGCCUUUCUGACAUGAGUGCUUUGGUUUUUGACCACUCAAUUCAGGCAUACCUGCCAAACGAUCGACAAUGGAUGAAGCAUAAAAUGUUUCAACACCUUAAGAAAUUAGCUCAUUGAUAUUAUUAUUUCAGUAGUCCGAAAGGGAAGCAUUUAUGAGGAAGGGUACAAAUUGUAUUUGGUCUGUUGGGUCUUUGCUUUGUUUUGUUUUGCUUAUUGUUAUUGAUUGAGAUGUGAAAAGAAUAUGUCAAAAGUGUGCUAGUUUGCUUGUCAAACAACAUAUCAUGUUCUUUUUUAUUACUGUUCAUUCUCUCUUACAAUUAACCUUGGUUUGUAAUGUUGUUUUGUUACAACCUUAUAAUCAUGAUCUCAUUUAAAAAAUUUACG